GUCGCUGAGAGGAUGUGGGCGUGCGGCGGAGUUGCGGCCUGAGCUCGGCUGGGGCGGCCUCGGCCUCGGCCUCGGCCUCGCGCUCCUUCCCUGAGCCGCGCCGAGGGGGCGCGGCCUCGUGCGGCGGUCGGAGCCCCCUGGAUCCGGGUGCGGCGGUCGCUGCGUGCGCUCGGUCCGCGAGGAGCGCCGCAAUGAAGGCGGGCGUGGUUUGCUGCUGCUGUUGCAGAUGUUUCUCUUUCCCUUCCAAGCGAAGGACAAGGAGACGGCCCGGUGUCCUGCCGUUGCGAAGUGUGCCCGAGGAUGCUGUGCUUGGUGUUGUGGAAGGCCUUCCUGCUGAGGAGCUCCUCUGGCUCGGAGCGGUGCGCUCCCGUCUUAAAUACCUCGUGGAUGGUCACGCUGCUGUUUGGGCAUGGGCACGUUUUGAAGACGUAUGGCCUGCUGCAAAACCUCUGGAGGUGCUUGCAAGUUCUCCUCCGGGGAUUUCCAUCACCAACUUCUCCAGGUCUUCCUCUUCAGAGGCGAGUGCUUUCCCCUGCCUCUGUGUGGCUCAGCUGCUGCGUCUCAUCUGCUGCUUGUGAGCACUGGAAUGGUGGGCUUGAGACCUCCGGCUGUGCUUCCAGGAAGCAGUUCCAGACUUGGGGAAAACAAGGAAGAGAACAAUUAGUGUGUGACGUUUCUAGCUGGAGAUGUGCUUUCAGCAAACCAGCUGUGAGAUGAGUAGGUAAGCCCUCCUGCACCUCACACUCGCAUGGGGACGGCGAUUCAGUUAACCCCAGGGCUGCCUUUAGCGUGCGAGAUAGCAGCAGGUCCGUUUUGCAUCGUGGGAAUUUAUCUGUACAGAUGGAGCAGUUUGAGUCUAGAAAACGGGGGGCCAGUUCUGUAGCAGAGACGCAUUGCCUCCACAGUCAUUACUUUGACUGUAAGUACGUCAAGAAGUCAGCCUCUGCAGUAACCCGUUUACUGACUGGGUUACUUUUCCCCGUGACUUUACAACAUCUGCAUUCUUUUUGACCUUACACUUGGCAAGCCUGCAGGCCCAAUAAAUACUGAAAACGUAAUAUCUUUUCUACGGAAUCUUUAGGGAUGGGUCACGGGGAGAACGUGACCCCCUCCCUGCCCCCUAGAUAAAAUGCUUGCAGGGCAGAUCCCAGGCUUUCUGGGAUCUCCCUAUUACCAAUUAGCAACUUUCAUUGAAAAAUGGGGUCCCCUGCGCGGUAUGGGGGAUAUCUCCCCAUUCCGCACGGCGGAAUAUUGUCAAGGUCUAGAUAAAGACAUACUAGUUACAAAAGAGCGGCAGUUAGCUGCUUCUACGGUGGCGUGGCCACUGCUGAAUGCCCUAUACCAAGCUGAAAUGAGUGCCGAUGCUUUAGAAAGCGAAAGCUAGCUAUUGAAAAACCGUAUUGAGAAAUUAGAAUAGGUACUUGGCUUUUUUCCCCGUUAAUACACUAACUCUGCAUCUCCCAGUAGGCCAGGUCUGUAAUAUGUCAGUAGGUGAUGACCGCACUUCUGAAACAGCGCUCCUGGUUGAGCAGGGAAAUAAAAAUUCUAAAUCAGGUUUGGAGGUUCCACUUGUGACAGAUUCCCUAGAACUCUGUCCUGUUAUAACCCCAAAACCAAAGAAGAUACAAGAUAGACCGGCAGGGGUGCCCCCUGAUCAGUGGCCCCCUGUCCAAACACAUUUACGUGUAACAGCCAGGCCGUACACACCCACAGAAUUAAUGGACAUGGUACAAGGGUUCUGGCAGAAGCCGAAGGAAAGCGUACCAACCUGGUUACUCAGACUAUGGGAUUCAGGGGCAGAAAGCCUCAUGGUCGAUGGGCCAGAGAUAUCUCAAUUGGCCACCACCUGCCCUUAGGCAAAGAUUGUAUGCAGGCAUCCAAUAUACUAAGGAGAAUCGUUCUGUAAUUGACUGGCUAAUGGCAGCAUGCCGUUUGGGGUAUGGCCAAACAAAUCAGCUAUACCAUUAAAUACAGGAUUGCGGUCCUCCGUGGAGGACCUUCAAAAUCACGUUUGUGAACUGGGCGUAAGAGAAGCGAGGACUUUGCUUCCAAAGGAGGGCUCAUUUGAAAGUCCAGCUAGGGUGAGAUUUUUGGCAGGUAUGAGAGACUUGCCCUUGCCAUCUAUACGGGACCCUAGUUUCUGUAUGCAACCCCCUGGUGGCCUCAGUGCCUGUGGUCCAGCAGGCUGCCCAAUUAGUGGCCAACCUGAGGGAGACAGAGCACCAGCGGAGCAGGCGCAAUAUUCGAGCAGUAGAGGAAGCAGAGCUCCUUCCAGUAAUUCAAACUAAGAAGCCAGUUAUACGGGAUCCUCAGCUGGGGCCCCUAAGGGUCUCGCGAAAGCAGAUGUUUAAUGAUCUGAUCCAGGCUGGGGUGCAAUCGGCAGAAAUUGAUUGCCAGCCCAAUCGCGUCCUGUGGAGACAGCUGAAGGAUAAUCAGAAAUUUCAGAAUUGCCCCCAGAAAAAAACGAGGGUGAGAGUUACUGACAGAGUACCACCACCAACGUGGAACCUAGGGGAUUUCGUAGUCCCUAAUAGAAAGGAGAAGCCCCCUCAGGUGUCUCGCGCCUCAAUGCCCGAGGCACCAGAAACAAAAGAUUUAACCGUAGCGCAGUUCAUGGCGUGACAAGGGAUGUUAGUCCCCCUAGGGCCUCCAGAAGGGACUGGUGGCCCCAUGUGGAAUUGAUGAUUUUCUGGUCCUGAAAGUAUAUUCGGAGAUAGAUACGGCCCUAGUUGAUACAGGGGCGGAAACCUUGAUAAUCUAUGGAGAUCCAGCUAAAUUGGAUGGCGAUACUAACAAUCGAGGGCAAGGAGAAAUCUGACCCAGAACAAUCCUAAGUGGCAGCAUUACUUUUCUGAGACACCGUAACAAGCUCCUUGUGCUCACCCUUUAAUUCUUUUCUUGCA